UUUGAUUUCCCGCGAAAGAGACGCAAUUCCUCGCGCCCGAGACACCGGGACAAGUGCACAAGCUCGUGUAACACGGCUAACUGUUUGAGCUUCAGCCAAACACAAUGGGAAUACACGGACUCGCCAAGCUAAUAGCCGACCAGGCCCCUGGUGCCAUCAAGGAGCAAGACAUCAAGAACUACUUUGGCAGGAAGAUUGCCAUAGAUGCCUCCAUGUGUAUCUACCAGUUCCUGAUUGCUGUACGACAGGAUGGGAAUGUUUUGCAAAACGAGGAUGGAGAAACAACAAGCCACCUGAUGGGAAUGUUUUACCGGACAAUCCGCAUGCUGGAACAUGGCAUCAAACCUGUAUAUGUGUUUGAUGGCAAGCCCCCGCAGCUCAAGUCAGCAGAGCUGGAGAAGAGAGGGGAGAGGAGGGCAGAGGCUGAGAAGCUGCUGGCUCAGGCCCAGGAAAUGGGCGAACAGGAGAACAUUGACAAAUUCACCAAGCGUCUGGUAAAAGUCACCAAGCAGCAUAAUGAUGAGUGCAAGAAGCUGCUGACCUUGAUGGGAGUGCCAUACAUUGAGGCUCCAUGUGAGGCGGAGGCCAGCUGUGCUGCUCUGGUGAAAUCAGGGAAGGUCUUUGCCACGGCAACGGAGGAUAUGGACGGGCUGACCUUUGGGACAAAUGUGCUGCUCAGACACCUCACAGCCAGUGAAGCAAAGAAACUUCCUAUUCAAGAGUUCCACUUCAGUCGCAUCCUGCAGGACAUCAGCCUGACCAAUGAACAGUUCAUAGACCUGUGUAUUCUGCUGGGCUGUGACUACUGCGGCACCAUCAAGGGGAUCGGCCCCAAAAGAGCCAUCGACCUGAUCAGACAGCACGGCAGCAUCGAGGAGAUCCUGGAAAACAUUGACCCCAACAAACACCCUGCUCCAGAGGACUGGCUCUACAAAGAGGCCAGGGGUUUGUUUUUGAAGCCAGAGGUGGUGGAUUGUUCGACAGUGGAGCUGAAGUGGAGCGAGCCGGACGAGGAGGGACUGAUCCAGUUCAUGUGCAGCGAGAAGCAGUUCAGUGAGGACAGGAUCCGUAACGGCUGUAAGAAGAUUGUGAAGAGCCGACAGGGCAGCACACAGGGACGACUGGACUCUUUCUUCACCGUCACCGGAUCUCUGUCCUCCAAACGAAAGGAACCUGAGCCAAAAGGAUCAGCAAAAAAGAAGCAGAAGACAGGAGCAACGCCCGGCAAAUUUAAGAAGGGAAAAUAGACUGAACACACUGCUUCUUUGAUUCCUUUGGGAAGUGAUUAUUGUAAUGAAUAACACCUUUUAAAUAAAAGUAAAAAACAAGACCAUAGAGCUCCAGGUGAGGCAGGAGGAAGCUGCAGCACAGUAAGAGGUUGUGAUGAGCUGAACAACUGAAUUUGUGCUUCACCAAACAAGAUUUUGUUGAUCCAAGCUAGCAGUGUUUUAAUUUGUGUUUAAUGGUUUUAUCAGUGUGUUUCUGUUAUUGAAUAAAAGUCCUUUUGUAGAGCAAUUUGUUAUUAGUCUUGUGAUUUUCAAAUUUUGGAUUAACUAACAACUGUGAGUCAAAUUUAUAACUGGAAAAACAGUUGUAGAUCAGCACUUAUUUCAUACUGUGUAAAGCAUGUGUGUAGGGCAAAUAAUGUAGCCUGCACUAUGCUUCCUGCUUAAACACAUGGUGGUUUUAAUUUUAGGAUAUGCAUACGGUGCAAACAUUUUUAGUCCAAAAUAUUGCACUCACAGUAUCCGCCUCUGCAUGUACUGGCAGUGGCAGCCAUUACAAACUUGUUUCGCAGACUAUAUGAUUUAAAUAAAUAAAAACAUCUGCUUGAUUUUCUCCAGUGAA